GUCUUUCGCAGACGAAAAGUUCACGUUUCCUGGUUCGUCCCAGACAUCCGUAGCCUUGUGAGAUAUAAUCACGAAUCAAGUUUCACAAAAUGCAUACAAGAGUUCAUAUGAGUUGAUACAAAGAUGACUUCGUCGUCUUUUUUGUUUGUAGUACGUGUUCCUGUCGAGGAAGAUGACGUAAAUGUCAACAAUAUAGACUCGAAAGACACUGUUGGCAAUGAUGACCCGGUCAAACAAGAAGGGUUACGGGAAGGACUAGACAGCAACAAUGAGAGAUCAACUGAAACAACAUCAAACGGUAAAUCAGACAAAGUGCAGUCUGCUUCAAUCCCUCGUAGUUCUGAUGCUGAUGAUGAUGGUUCAACGUCUGUAAAACAUAUAGAACCAGAAAAACAGAACGAUGAAACAGGUGACACGGCUUCUACAUCAGACCCAUCAUCAAAAAUAUCAGAAAGCAUUUCAAAAGCUACAUCUGACGUAUCAACUACACCAGAACAGACUAAUUCACCCAAGAGGACAUCAAACACCUCUUCUCCAGAGACAUCGGAUCCCUUAAAAAUUGUUACUUCGGAUCCUUCAGUAUCUGAUGAGGAUGGGGAUAUGCCAACACCACCGCCUUGGGACUUCACACCUCCAUCAUCCCCGACCAGUACAUCAGCUCUACACAAUGCUGAUGAGGUACAACUACAUGACAAUGAUCCAAAGGAUAGCAACCCUUUGCCAGAGAAGGACUUGCCCUCGCCAGCAUGGGCAUUCCCACCCUCUGAUAAAUUGGAUGAGAAAAGCCCAGCUGUACAAAGUACAGCAGACAUUUCUGCUAAGGAGUCUGAUUCUUCAUCUGAACAACCAAAACCUUUGCAGUCACCUGAAGUCUCUACAAUUUCACAAUCCGGAGCUCAACCUACACCACUUAACACACCAGAUCCCUUAUCUAAUAGCACAUCAUCUGCUCAAGGAAUUUCAGAUGGCAUCACAGUUGAAAAUGAAGAUGUAAACAAUAAGAUGGAAGAAAAUGAAGAGAAAGCACAACUAACAGGUGAUGAAAGCAAUGACCAUACCCCAAAAUCACGAGAAUCUGACACAGAAAAAGGAAGCAACAACGAAAAGAGCAAAAACUCGGAGAUAUCUGUAAAGACAGAGAAAGACAGUGACAAAGAUAAUGACAACUUAGAGAUUUUUGUAAAGAAAGAGACAAUGUUCCAGAGAACCAUGUCUGUAUUGGAAAGCUACUCGGUGAAGAACCUGUCUGUUCACAAGACUUCCAGUUCUAAAUAUUAUCAGUUUAUGUUUGUGGAAGAAGGAGAGAAUUGUGAAGAGAUUUUAAACAAGCUGGCAGAAAUUGGUAUUGGUGAUAAUAACCAGUCUUCUAUAAGUAUUUUUGAAACCAGCAUAUACAAGGGGACAGGAGGAGUUAUUGAAGAAGAAGAAUAUGAAGAAGAUCUCUAUAACUCAGUAGCUAAUACUGAUGAACAGAAACAGAGUGAGUUUAAAAAAUCUAUCAAAGCUCGCAUGCUUGUCACAGAGGUGGUGAACUCAGUCCAGGGGAAUGCAGAGUUCACAUUUGAUUUUUUGGUGUUAAUUCUCUUAGCAAGCUCAAUUUCAGCCAUGGGACUUGUGGAAAACAGCUCAGUGGUUCUGGUAGCCAGCAUGUUGGUGUCUCCCAUAAUGGGCCCGAUUCUGGCUGGAACAUUUGGAACUGUGAUAAAGAAUAACACCCUGCGAAAUCUAGGUAUCAAGAACGAGGUGCUCAGCCUGUUGAUCUGUAUCGGCAUGGGACUUGUUUGGGGAUUGGUAUUUGGAGGUGUAUGUAAAGAUGGAGCAUUCUGGGGAAGUACACACGAGUGGCCUACUAGUGAAAUGAAGUCUAGGGGUCUGACAAGGAGUCUAUGGACAGGCAUACUGAUUGCUUUGCCUUCUGGGGCGGGCGUAGCCCUGUCCAUUCUUGGGGGUAACACAGGAUCACUGGUGGGUGUGGCUAUAUCAGCCUCCCUCCUACCUCCGGCAGUCAAUGCUGGCAUGCUGUGGGCUAGUGCCAUCAUAGCCUCAAUUGAUCCACCCCCAAGAGUUCAGAUUACCAGUACCACCCCUCCAAUUCCUACAGUACAGAACUACACUGUGUACAACAUUACAGAUUCCAAUAGUACUGUGACAGAACUGCCAGCUUCCCCAACCCUGACACCUGGACUGAGUUGUGUUCCCUUUGACAAUAAUGCCUAUGUGCCUGUGUACAGUUGUGACAUGGCUGAGGAGAUGCUUUACCUUGGGCUCUUUAGUCUACUGCUAACCAUCCUUAACAUCAUUUGUAUCAUUAUCAUGGGGAUCUUCGUGCUCAAGAUAAAGGAAGUGGCACCACAAAUGGCCCUGUCUGAGGAAACAAAGGAUUUCUGGAGAGAGGACAUUAAGAUUGCAAAGGCAUCAUAUGUAACCAUGAAGGGAAACCAGUCGAAGAACUUGUCACAGCAGGCAAGGGACUUACUUAAUGAAUGGAGGAAAGAGAAUGGUGACCAACCUAUCCAAUUACUUCAGCUAGAGAGAAUGACACAAGAGAUAGAUGAUGACCCAGCUGUCCAUGAGAUACAGAUGAGGAUUCCUGGAGGUGUGAGGGGAGAUUUGGUGUCUCGUCAUUUUGCGGAUCAUAUAAACAAGGAUGAGGAAGAAGAUAUAGACAUUGUGUCACCAAAUUACAAGACUUUCCAUGAUUUCCACUACAUGUAUGGACAUUCUAGGAGGAAUCUGUUUCAUACCAGCUACCAUCCCUCCCCAAACUCAUCCACAGGAAGUAUGCGCCGCAAAAAGUAUAUGCAAGCAUCUUUGACGGAAGUAGAUGAGAAAAAUGUGCCUCACUCAGCUGAUGGACCUAUCAAACCGACAAAACCCACAAGCCACUUCAGCAAGGCUUUUGGGAUUCUCCGUCAUCCCAAAGCUGGUCGCAGCAAUCUGUUCCGUCGGCGAGCCAAUGACAAAAAGACGGAGGAAAAGCAGCUACGUUUUGCUGUUGAGAAGGUUCCAGAAGAAGAAGUCAAGGUACAAUUGAUGAAGGAGAAUGACAAACAGGAUGUGUCAUUGCCAUUACUGGAAAGAAAAGAAAGUGUUUAGCUGGAAAUGAGUGGAGGUCAAUGACAAUCCCUGUGUACAUGUUUUCUUUAGCUAUAAAUCGAUCAGAGUAAAAUGUCACAAAAUUAGAAUUUAAGAUAACAGGCAAUCUUAAAUUAACAUUACUAAUUCCCAGUGUGGCCAAUUUAGGCAAAGCCAUUUUCUUGUCUUGAAAACAACAAAUAUUUUUGUAUGCUUAGAUAAUGAAGAGUAAAUUGCUAUUUCACUAAAGUAAACUAAACCUGACAAUAUUUAAAAUUGUAUCUCAAACCUAUAUUUAAAGUUUAUGGAAAACUUUUAAUUAACUGAUGUUCAUUUUGUAUUAGAUUUUUAAUUAAUUUUGAUUAAUGAAUACUGAGGAGAAUGAAGAAUUAAGUGCAAUUUUACAGAAACAAUUUAUUAUGUUGGUGUGUGAAGUUCAUUUUGUAUUAGAUUUUUAAUUAAUUUUGAUUAAUGAAUACUGAGGAGAAUGAAGAAUUAAGUGCAAUUUUACAGAAACAAUUUAUUAUGUUGGUGUGUGAAUACAUGAUGAGAAAGAAUUAACUACUGUUCCUAAUUUGUUGCCUAUCGAUGAGACAAUUUCAUGUUUACUAAGGGUAUGUAUUUUACAAUUUUGUAACUAUACAUAUGAAAGGUUUAUAUACUUAUGCAUGUUAUGAACAUCUCAUUACUAGAUUUACAAUAAAGCUAGAAUUGAUAUUCCUUGACUAUGCUAUAUACUAUUGAAUGAUAUUUUUGUGAUAUAUAUGUAUAUAAAUAUAUAUUUGAAUAAAAAGUGCAUGUUAUUUUGACACCUUUAAUGAUCACAUUUCAUUGAGGUGCCAUUUACAGUGGCAAUAACCUGUGAUUAAGGAGUAACACCUAAUUGCAGCUCAGGGGAUUACUCGACAGGCAGGUUCUGUGAGUUUUGGUGAAUAUUUUUGCAGUGAUCUUUACAAGUCUGUAUUUAAAUAAAAACACCCAGUGUUGGUAAGCAGAUAUGUACUAGAACCUCUAUUUAAUGUUCACCAAGAUGUACAUUUGAACUGGAUUUUAUGAUAUUUUCCAUGUUUUGUUGUGUUUGAACUUAAUGACACUGACAUCCUCUUGUUAUUUUUUUACAUAUGCAGUAUUUUAUUUGUUCUGUUAACACAUACUGGUACAUGCAUUUGUGUAUGAAAUGAAAACCAUUUAUUGUUUUGUUUAUAUAUGACUUUUAUACCGGUACAAAUAUUGCAAAUUCUUUGUUUCAACUAAACUAACUUUGUUGCUAAGGUUUGAAUUAGGAACAAGUCCCUAUUUGGUUUAUUGGUUACAAGUUUUUUCGUCUCCAUGACUCUUCCUAUUACCAGGUACUGUCUCAUUACAAAUGUAACUGAUGUCAACAUCUGAUUCCCUGAGGGGGCAACUAUAAUAAGGAUUAUUAAAUUCUACACUCAACCAAUCAAGUUUAAAGAAGAGACCUCCCUAACAUAGUGGUAUAUUUUGGCUAGAUUCUCCCAGAGUAGUGUGAAAGGUUUCGACAAUUUCUCAACAAAUUUUUUUUUCGCUGUGGUCUCAGUGACCAAGCCAAAACUAAAAAACGGUGGAGAGAUAGUCAAAACCCUUGAAACUGUUGCUAAGGUUACAUUCAAUUUCAAACGUAAACUAUUUUCAUUACUCUUUUAAAUAGAUAAAGGCAUUUGUAAACUUAAUUAGUUGAUGUAUGGUCAUAAAUUAGAAAGAGUUACAUCGGUACAAACCAGGGUAAAUGAAGCAUGACCAAUAUGUAACCUGAAUUAUUAAUUAUUUUCCUAAUUCUAAUUUUCUAAAGCUAAUAAUGUGAAAUGUUUUUUACAAUGACUGUUUGUGCUUACCACAUGUACAUUGUAGAAAGAAUGUGAUUGUUAUUCUCUAUAAAUUAUUUAAUAGACUUUGUAUUCCCUAUUUACAACAGUAUAAACCAAAGUACAAAUUAAAAUAAUAUAUUUACCGUAUUUUCUUUGGUUGGAUGUUCUUUGUAAGCCUGGUAUUUGUUGCCUCGGUUAAUUUUGCUGUGAAACACUGAAAACAUCAAAUACCCACAUGACUAGAACUAUGUGUAUGGUUAGAUUGGACCGGGAUAGAAUCAACAAAAGAAAACUGUGUUUCUAAAUGAGAACCCUUAAACAGAGUGAUAUGUUCUGUUUUAUCACACUUCAUUUUAUACCAGGAGAUGAGAUGUUGGCCAUCUAGAGAGUCUAGUAUAGAGGCCAUCAAAGAAAGCAAAGUUAACCUGAUUCUGUCUUUGUACAUUUGAGUCUUUUAAUUAGUCUUCUUGGACACUGGUCAAUAUUCAAAAUGACAACACUCAUAAUGUGCUGAAAUCUAAAAGAAAAAGGAGACUCAUUCAGCCAUACUCUACCGUCUUAACUAAUACAGCAAAACCCUUUUUUUUCUCCGAACUGAUAUAACUAAACUCUCCCUCCUAACUAAUGUAACCUAACUCUCCCUCCUAACUAAUGCAACCUAACUCUCCCUCCUAACUAAU